UAAAGACGUCAGCCCAACAUGGCGACCUCCAUGGCGCGACGGUCCUGUGUGUUUUGCUGUACAGGAAUAAACGCGAUUAGGCAGCAUGUCCCACCACUGAACGCUCUGCUGGGACACAUGAGCAACACUUUACAGUCCAGUGUUAGUUACGGGACCCGUGAGACAGAUGGCACACAGGAAGCCCAAGUGCACAUUCCAGUAGAGCGUCUGACGGUAUCUUACAGUAGAAGCAGUGGUCCUGGGGGUCAGCAUGUCAAUAAAGUCAGCACAAAAGCAGAAGUCCGAUUCCAUGUGCAAACAGCAGAAUGGAUCCCAGAAGAUGUUCGGAAAAAAAUCCUUGAGAAGAACAAGAACCGUAUCACUAAGGCCGGGGAGCUGCUGGUGACCUCAGAGCUGAGCCGGAGCCAGCAGAGAAACCUCUCUGACUGCAUACAGAAAAUCUCCACCAUCAUAGCAGAGGCCAGUGAGAAGCCCCAUGAACCUACAGCCGAAGACAUCGCUCUCAGGGCAGCCAGGUCAGAGAAGAGGAACAAGGAGAGACUCAGACAGAAGAAGAUCCACUCAGUUACCAAGCAGAGCAGAAGAGUGGAUUUUGACUGACUGAUCGUUAUGCUUCUACCUCCUAUGACUGAGUGACCAUAUAAAUUAAUUCUGUGAUUUUUUUUGUUUGUUUUACAUUUUAUUUUUAUUGAGCAUUUCCAUAUUGAACAUUGGUACACAAUAAGGGGAAAUAAAAAGGGAAAGAGAGAAAAAAAGGGACCUAAAGACCAACACAGAUUUAUCAAACAUUUAAGAAAGCCAUCUGGCAAGAGGGGAAUAUAAAUAAAAGAUUCUAUAGGGUUUUGGUACAAAGUUAUGAAUAUUUUGCAUAGAGUUCAACACUGAUGCAGGGUGAUUAAUUGCGAAGAAAGAGUUUCCAUUUUUUCCAGUAUUGUUCACAUUUUUCUGUAGAAUCUCUAAGGGAAAAAGUCAAUCGCUCCAUUGCAUAAAGUUCAUGUAUUACGUCCAUCCAUUCCGAAACAGUAGGUGGUUCCUCCUUUAAUCAUUUUCUUGUUGUGGCCUUUUUUGCUGGCUGCUUGCAAUAUUUGUAACAGGUCUCUGUCCUGUUUCGUCAAACCAGUUGGGUUAUUGCCAAGAUAGAAUAUGGCGAGCUCUCCUGCAGCUGUACCCCGGUGAUCAGUUUAAUGGUGUUAAUCGCUUCCGUCCAGUAGGGGGAAAUCUUAGGGCAUUUCCAAAAAAUGUGGAAAUGACCAGCUGAUGCGCAACCACAUUUCCUCCAACAUUUACCAUGUUUUGGAUUAUUGCUUUGGAGUUCCUUAAUUCUGGGAGUAAUAAAGAAUCUCACUACAUUGUUUAUAAUGUGGUUAACAUG